AUGCGGAGAGGAGGAGAGAAACUAACCUACCAGACAAUGCUGCCAGUGAGCAAUGCCUUCGUCUUCGAGCUCUGCAAGGAUACAGAGCCCUCCACCCACGAUAUCAGGCUCGAUGUAGACCAAAUGAUUCUCCUCUGCAAUACCAAAGAGAUCUGCCUAGGAGCGUUCCCUCGCCAUUACGAGGAGCAUAAGAAGAAAAGAAGAAGAUUUCAGCGGCGAAAAGUGCCCACCGGAGAGAACUCCGCCGACAGGGAGCGCAAUAUUCUGCUGCGGUAUCUUUCAAAGACAUUCGCACUCGUAGUCUCAUGAAGAGCGAUCUGUUGUGACUGAGGAAUUUCGUCGAGCAUCGAGAAAGCUUUAAGUGGACGAGAGAGAAGGAGAGGGAGGAUGUCUUCGCCAAGCAAAGCUGAUAAGAAGGCAUCUCUCGAUGCAGCUUCAUGGAUGUUCAAUGUCGUCACUUCUGUUGGAAUUAUCCUCGUCAACAAAGCCCUCAUGGCUACCUAUGGCUUUAGCUUUGCAACAACGCUAACCGGUCUUCAUUUUGCCACAACGACCUUGUUAACGCUUGUCCUAAGAUGGCUAGGAUACAUCCAGCCGUCUCAUUUACCAUUGGGAGACCUAUUGAAGUUUGUUUUCUUUGCAAACUUCUCCAUCGUUGGUAUGAACGUGAGUCUAAUGUGGAACUCAGUUGGAUUUUAUCAGAUUGCAAAGCUAAGCAUGAUCCCUGUUUCAUGUUUUCUGGAAGUCGUCUUGGAUAAAGUACGAUAUUCAAGAGACACCAAACUAAGCAUCUUAGUAGUCCUUCUCGGAGUUGCUGUCUGUACUGUUACAGAUGUGAGCGUUAAUGCCAAAGGAUUCAUAGCUGCCUUAAUAGCAGUUUGGAGCACUUCGCUGCAGCAAUAUUAUGUACACUAUCUACAACGGAGGUACAAUCUAGGUUCUUUCAACUUGUUGGGGCAUACUGCUCCAGCACAAGCUUCAUCUCUGCUGCUAGUGGGUCCCUUUGUGGACUACUUUUUGACGAGUAAAAGAGUGGACGCCUAUCCCUUCAGUUUUACAUCUGUGGUGAGUUUUUCAAGUUUCAUCACUUCACUUGCUAUGAAUCUAGGAGUUGCCUGCAACCAUUCUUCUAUCUCCCUCUCCAUUAUCAUUCAAAUUAAAGUAUGCAUGUCAAUUUAGUCAAACCUCCAUCUAGAUGGGCAAAAACAAAAACAAAAAAACAACAACAAAUGCAUGAACAAAAACUUCCAGAGAACCAUCAGUGUCCAUGAUGUUUAGUCUAGGGGACAGGGAUUAAGUCCUGACGGACGAUGCAAGAGAUGGUCAUUGCGCAUCAUGCAUACAGCUUCAAGGCAUAGUUUAGUAUUCAGGGAAUGUUUCCUGUAGUUCUAAGUAUACAUCGUUUCUGACAAUUCGUCAUUUUUCUCGGCCCAACCUGAUACAAAACUAAACCACAUAUUUCAGCUUGCUCCCCGUGUCUUUCCAGAACACAUUGUUGCAUAUUCGUAUGUAUGAUCUCAUCCUAACGGCACUUCAAGAUUCUCAUGGUUCAGGGGGAAUCUAAUUCGUCAUCCGCUUUUUUGUGUUAAUAUCUGGUACAGGCGUUCAUAGUUCUGUCGUGCACCAUCGCCGUGGGUACGAACCUGAGCCAGUUCAUCUGCAUCGGUAGGUUCACCGCCGUGUCGUUCCAAGUGCUGGGACACAUGAAGACCAUCCUCGUCCUGAUUCUGGGAUUCAUCUUCUUCGGCAAGGACGGUCUGAACCUGCACGUCGUCUUCGGGAUGAUCAUCGCCGUGGCUGGGAUGGUCUGGUACGGCAACGCCUCAGCUAGGCCCGGAGGGAAAGAGCGCCGCAGCGUUUCCAUGAACGGCGGCAGCAAAGCCCAGAAGCAGGAAGACUCGGCGGAUGCCACCGAGGAAGCUGAAGAAAAGGUAUGAGCAGAAACAAAGUAGUUCUCCAAAUCUGUUCUCUCUGUUCAAAAUGAAGGUAUUUUGGAGGAAUCAACCACUACUUGGUUGUCAUGGAGGUUUAGAAGAGGGAAACGGAUAUUUUUACUACCACAGGUCACUUUGAGUGAUCGAUUCUUUUUGUUGCUAUAGUAAUUUAUUUCUCUACUG